AUGCUUUCCAGCCCCGAGGCGCCAGACAAGGCAUCCGGAGAUGUCAUGGCUACGGUUCCCACGACAUCCUUCAAGCCGGACGGAACGUCGAGGCGAAGACCCGCGCUCCACACCCGCAUCACCCUUCGCGAGGAUCACUUGUCCGUACUUCAAACUGUCAUUUCCAAAGCCACCUCCCUGGAACACGACCGUGACGCCAGGGUCGGUCCCGUCGAUUUCGAGGGUGUCGAGGUUGUUCCACGCAAAAUUGACGCGUCGAACGUUGGGCAGAGAAGACUUGGCACCUCGUCCAGCAGCUCUUGCAUCCAUCCGGCGGCCGAAAAGGCUGUCGAGGGAGGUCAAGGCUGUCCGGUCAAUGUGCACCUCAUUGUCAUUUCCUCGCGAGCGGGAAUUGAACCCCUGCAGCCCAUCGAUGGUGAGGUUGGUCAGUUCCGGUGCAUGGAUGCUCAGCUUGCCCAGGCGUAUCAAGCGUCUGAUGUUGAAGGUGCGCAGGCUGUUGGAGGAUAUGGUCACCUCGUUGUCCACCGAUUCGAGGCUCGGCAGGGACAGCUCGACGAGGUGAUCUGCGUUGAAAUCGACUAUCAAAUCCCUGAUGCGUCUUAG